GACCGGGCGCUCCCCCUUCUCCGGUCUCCCGGGUCUCUUGAGGAGCCCAGGAAGGAGCCUCCGCUAGUGCCGCCGGGCCACGGGCUGCCGCGACCAGGCUGCGGCAGUCGUUAGCCGGUCAUGUCGGCCGCCCAGGGCUGGGACAGGAACCGCCGGAGGGGAGGAGGCGCAGCCGGCGGUGGCGGCGGAGGUAGCGGGGCCGGCGGGGGCAGUGGGGGCAACGGGGGUCGGGGGACUGGUCAGCUCAACCGCUUCGUGCAACUCUCCGGGCGGCCGCACCUGCCAGGUAAGAAGAAAAUACGAUGGGACCCAGUUAGGAGGCGCUUCAUUCAGUCCUGUCCCAUCAUAAGGAUCCCUAACAGGUUUUUGAGAGGCCACAGACCUCCACCAGCACGAAGUGGACAUCGUUGUGUGGCAGAUAAUACCAAUCUGUAUGUGUUUGGAGGUUAUAACCCAGAUUAUGAUGAAUCAGGAGGGCCAGAUAAUGAAGACUAUCCUCUCUUCAGGGAGCUUUGGAGGUAUCAUUUUGCUACAGGAGUAUGGCACCAGAUGGGCACAGAUGGCUACAUGCCCCGAGAAUUGGCAUCUAUGUCACUUGUGCUGCAUGGAAACAACCUGUUAGUGUUUGGAGGUACUGGCAUCCCAUUUGGUGAGAGCAAUGGCAAUGACGUCCACGUCUGCAACGUGAAAUAUAAGAGAUGGGCUUUGCUCAGCUGUCGGGGGAAGAAACCCAGUCGUAUAUAUGGACAGGCUAUGGCUAUCAUCAAUGGCUCCCUUUAUGUAUUUGGAGGGACAACUGGCUAUAUUUACAGCACAGACCUGCACAAAUUAGAUCUCAAUACCAGAGAGUGGACACAACUGAAACCAAACAACCUAUCCUGUGAUCUACCAGAAGAGAGGUACAGACAUGAAAUAGCACAUGAUGGGCAGAGGAUUUACAUCUUGGGAGGUGGUACUUCUUGGACAGCUUAUUCCUUAAACAAGAUUCAUGCAUACAACCUUGAAACAAAUGCAUGGGAGGAAAUUGCAACAAAACCCCAUGAAAAAAUAGGUUUUCCUGCAGCCCGGAGAUGUCACAGUUGUGUUCAGAUAAAAAAUGAUGUGUUUAUUUGCGGGGGCUAUAAUGGAGAAGUGAUCCUGGGAGAUAUCUGGAAGCUGAAUCUGCAGACUUUUCAAUGGGUUAAGCUCCCAGCUACCAUGCCGGAGCCAGUUUAUUUUCACUGUGCAGCUGUUACACCAGCUGGUUGCAUGUACAUUCAUGGAGGAGUGGUGAACAUCCACGAAAAUAAACGGACUGGGUCAUUGUUUAAGAUCUGGCUGGUGGUUCCUAGCCUGCUGGAACUGGCGUGGGAGAAGCUGCUUGCGGCCUUCCCCAAUCUAGCAAACCUCUCCCGAACACAGCUUCUGCACCUUGGACUCACACAGGGACUCAUCGAGCGCUUGAAAUGAGGAUUACUGGACUGUUCAUUGAUACUGGAAAUGUUAAUUUAAAGAGACUCCUUUAUUUAUGGGCAGUGUAGAAUGUGCUACAGAGAGAAUUGGUUACCCUGAUCAAGGCCUUAUUCAGAAAAUACAUCAGAUGCCUUUCUGUAAAUUGUUUUAAGUUUAUGGAAUCUCACUUUCCCUUGUGCUUUUUUCUUUGCUUCUCUCCCUUCUGCCCCAGUACACACACAUACUCACAUACUCCCUCUUCCCUGAUGGAAGUUGAGGGAGAGUCUGAAAGUACUUUCAUAAUGUUAAAUGAAUCAAGAUAAGAUAAAGAAAAUGUUAAAGGAACUCUCAACAUAUGACCAUGUCAGGCAUUGCUCUAUAAAUUAAGCAACAUUGUCAAUAAAAACAAAAAUUAAAAAAAGUAAAUCCAGCAACAACGAGAAGCAGCAUUGGGGAUAGAACAAGAAGGCUAACCUUGAGAAUCCUGCAGAUUAUAGGGAAAGCUGAAUGUUUAACUUGCUGUUUUCAAAGGUACAUCUAAUUGAGUAGCUGGAUCUAAUGGCAGCAGUGGUUGGUAUCUUUCAGCCUAGAUACCCAAACCUAUCCUUUAACUUACUUUAGAGGAUAGUUAAGCAGCUCAUAACCUAUCUUUUAACUUGCUUUAGAGGAAAUUAAGCAGCUCAACAACUCUCAAUCAGUGAUGUCUUUUCUCAUCCUUCUGGUGCCAGCAGUGGUUAGAGUUGACUUGUCUAAAGACUUCAUCGUGUGUGGUGGUUGUGCUGUUUGUUGUUGUUCUUAGAAAUUAUGGCAUGAGAACAUUUCAAAUCAAGAAACUUAUGGUGGUCAAAGUUCUUCAUUCUGGGAAGUUUUUAAAUUCUCCUAUGCCUGUUAAUGGUUUAAGGUAUCUUUGACUCCAUCAUAGGGAACUGCAGACCCUAAACAGGUAUGGCAUUUAUGCCGUGGGACAUAAAGUUCGUGAGAGGCCAGAGAAGAGCAGGGCAGGAAGGGCUUCUGCUCUUGGGCUGUGAGCUUUGGCUGUCAUGCUGGCCAUUUCCUUUUAGAAUGCUUCUUUUCUCACUCUGGGCCAUGCACCUACCGUAUUCUCAGGCAAUGGGUUUUAUCUCUAGAAAGCCAAUUGGCCCUUGAUUUUUCUCUUAGCUUUUUGCCUCGUUUUCUGUCUGCUUUAAUGUGCAUGGUGCUGUAAUUGCCUAGUAAUUGGAUAAAAGGUCUUGGGGAAAAGCCACAAGUCAUUCUUCCUGAAGAAUUAAGAAUCAUUUUAAAAACUAGCAUGCGGAAGAAAAGAAACUGAGAAUCAUUCACUUCUUUGGUGUGAAGUUUUAGUUCUGGUUUGUUUUAUAUUGUAUUUUAAUUUUAAAACAGAAAUGAAUUAAAUUUUCACUUGCUUUGCCAUCAGUGACCUACUGAGACACGAGCAGUUGGAGGUCCUUACGUGUAUGAAAGGUGCUAAAGGUGUGCAGGCAGGGACAGUGCUGAUCAUCCUGUUGGUGACAUCACAACAGGAGACUCAGACAGACUGGGGACAUAUUUUUCCUUUAAGUGCCUCUUUUUCACUUAACUUUUAAGAUUAUUCUUGUUUUCCUUCAUCACAGAAGGGAAUCUCUUAGGCUCAUGUGUGGAUUUAAAAUCACCUUUGAGUUGUAGCUGAAAAGUUACUAUCUAGUUUUGUUCGGCCUCUGGACUUGGACUCCUAACUUCCAGGCCUUAUUAUAAUCUCCCAACAAUGUGGGAUUGAGUUCAUGGAGCCUGUGUUCUGAAGGGUCUUAUAAUCUUUCAUCUGUGAGUUUGGGUCCUUUGUGGGGGUGAUGGAGUAGGGGAGAGGAGGAAAGGAGCAAUUCCUCUGGAGGCCUCACCCCCACAUUGCCAUGACCAGUCUGGCCUUUUAACCUCUUACCACCGACUGCUAGGCUUGUUCCUGUGAGGAGCUCUUUCCAGACCAAGUCAGUCUGAGCAGCUCUGUUAGUUCAAAACAAAGCUUUGCUGCAUGACUCCAGUCUAGUCUCUGGAUGUUUGGGGUGGGGCAGGGGGGACUAUCCAUAAAUAAGUCAUACUACUCAGGGUGGCAGAAAGAUCUUUGUCAUGGUUUCAUAGGGAACAAAGACUGAAUGCUCAGCCUCUGUGCUUAUCCUUCCAUAGUCUUGGGGUAUAAGCAGGUCUCUACUUCUGCGACACCAGAGAGCUAAAAGAGAGACUGAUUCAAUCCACACUUGCUAGCCUCCUUUUUAAAGCCUUCUGAAGGCAGUCUUCUUUGACAUGGACUUUGGAGGCCUGACAUCCAAGACCUUGUGUGUGACAUUUUCAUAAAAGUACAUACCCUUGGUCUAAAGUGUCUUCUUUUAAUAUAACACUAGUGAAAAUGAUGUAGUAUGAUCAGCUCUGAGUGCUAUAGAACCACACAGGUGCACAUGUUCUGGAUGCCAAAUGAGACUGUGUGUAUGAUGACUUAAAUGUAGAUGACUAGAGUUUUAUAUAGGGGAUCACCAGGCAUUUAGUAUAUCCAUAACCAGCACUCUGAAUGCCUGACACUGUUACUUGAUUUAGAAAAGUUUAUGCCUGCUGCUUCUCUGCCUCUUUGAGGUACUCCCAGCCAUCUUACUGCAGUCCUAUAAGUUUAAGUGCAAUAUAUAGAAACACAUAUGGAUAUAUACAGAUUAUAUAUAGGGUGUGACUGUAAAGCAGGUAGACUACUUUUUUGUAUCUGUCUUGGGGAAGCCAGCUCACUACAUUAGAGUUAAAAUUAUACCAGAAAUUUGAGAUGUGAUUGGCUGACUUAGGCCAACUCUUGGCAAACCUGGAUUUCAAGUCCAGUGUCUCCUUACUCCAACUAUUAGAGAUUUAUUGUUUCUUGGGCUUAUUAGCACUGAGACUUUUCCCCAGUCAUCUUUGUACUCAAUCUUAUGUUUGCAUAUCUUCUUAAAUUUCUUUGCCCAGGAACAAGGAAGUCUACCUGUAAGAAGUUUUUAAAAUGGAGAAUUAAAACCUAAUAUUUAAUACUAUCAGUUCUCCCAUGUAUAUACUAAUUUAUCUGUGAAUGUAAUACUUUAUUACCUGAAGAAAAUGAUGACUUUCUUCAUUUAAUAAAGUAUUUUCCAUAUUCUGGAAAAUCUAUAAACCAAUAUAGAAUAGAUUGAAAUUUUAACUGUUUUUCAGGGGCCAAACUGAAACCCUUUCUACUGGCAGAAUCUUCUUUUUUUCAGGGCCCUGGAACAUGAUAUAAAAAUUUGCUCUAAACUAUUCAUGUCCAAUAUAUAGCUAAUUUUAAAAUAUAAUAAUAAACAUUAACAUUUCUAAGCAAAAGGUAUAUUAACAGUGACCUUUGGUUACCCAGAGUAACCAGAUUAAAGCACAGAUAAUUGCAAUCCAUAGAUAAUCAGUGUUUCAACUUUCCUAUCAAACAAUUGAUUCAUUUAUAGUUCUUCCUUCUCCCUACCCCUUUCCCACAAGUACCUCAUUUUCAGUGGAGUGGGGCUAAUGCGUAGUUAGAAAUAGAAAAGCAGGAAUCCCGGAGGGGCUAGAAACCAGCGAACAUGAAAACAGCUCGAUUAGCUGUAAUUGGUCAACAAGAUGACAGCUGUUAAUGCUGAGUUUAGUAUCACUCUUUGCUCUUCUGCUUUGGCAUAGUCUCCUGCCCUGAGUUCUAGGCUGUCUCUCCUAUAACCACCAAAGAACUCUUAGCACAUAUUAGAAGAAAAAGCUAUGUAUGAUGCACAAGAAAUCCCAUCAUUUGAAUACAUUUCUUUGGCUCUCUUUGCAAACACUUGCUUUUCCACUGUUCAUGAAGGAACCUUCAUUUUCCUUAGGAGAUACCUUUUCCAGCCAUACAGCUUGGUUUGUAGAAAAGGUUAAAUUAUCUUUAAGACUAUGUUGGUCUUAAUUCUCUAAAACCAGUUUGUUUUUAUGUGUCUUACAGAUGCUUAGAAGGCGGUAUAGGUUAUUGAAUUGUCUACCUGCCAGCACUCUGAUGUAGCACAAUAAGCCAUUUUCCUUCUUCUUCAUUGUUCUAGCAUUGAGCUCCAGGAUGGAUGAGGGUUUAUGGUCCUGAGAUCAUAAGCUUCCAAAACCAGUCACCAUUGGCUUCAAUUGCUUAAGUUCCCCAAAUGCCUUGGGGCUCCAGGACCUUGGCAAGGCCUGAGGUAGGUUUGGUAGAGUUCCAUGACCUCUGUGCGUCGCCACCAGCUCAUGCCCAGCAGUGGUGUUUCCCUUCUAAGGUCAUUAGAUUCGGUGGAAAGUGACUUCUUCCCUCAUCUGGUGUUAAGAAAAAAAGUUUUGAAUUGUGCUUCAAAAAGUGGUACCAUCUUUUUAGUAUAAUUUUAAUUUUUUUAUCUUUUUUCUUCUUCACUUUUUAUAAGAUUUGAAAAGGACCUGCUUAGUCACUGUACAGGGUGAGUCGGAGGCAGUUUCACCAAGCUGUAGUAAUUGCUGUUUUACUAGUUGCACAUUUAGAAUACAAAGGAGGCAUCAGAAACACACUGACUUUCUCUAAAGCCACUUCCUUGUACCCAGAGUCUGAGCAGGGACAGUGCCAGGCAUCUCCCUCUAAUGGCACCUGCCAGUGAGGCUUUCAGUGGAAGGACGUGGGCACAAAAGGGAACCCCCACUCAACAGUCUCUGAGAAUGAACCUGGGCUUGGCUCUUGGUACAGGGUAUGCUUAGGCCACACACGAUGCUUGCCUUACCUUAAAGCUACUUGCCACAGUCCUGUUAAAUAGUGUGGAAGUCCUUUUGCAGUCUGGUGUGCAUGCCAUAUGAUCAGGACAGCUUUUCCACCUUACCUGGUUUCCUACAAGCGUAGGAAAUAUAGUGAAUUUACCCUAAAAUGUCCAAUCUGUAUUUAUGUAUCUUGUCAGUGUUUUGCUGUUGGUUUUCUAAAACAAUCUGAUCAAUAAAUCUUAUCCAGAUCUA